UCACAAGGACUCAAUACAGACACACGCUGGACAGAGGUCUGGGAUCAGGUGCCAUUGUCCAACAGGGAAUGCAGUAGGGUGAUAAGAGCUUGCAAAGAGAAGCACCCCAAAGCAUCCUGCAGACCCACAAACCUGAGGAUAUAUUACUUCAACAUCCACAAGCAGAUCUGGAAUAGGUCACUGUACAACACUGGAUUUGAUGCAGCCAAGUCAUUAGCUCACCUAUCAAGGCCAAGAUGUUAUUAGAAAUAAAAUAUAUAUUUUGGAUAUGCGCAGCAUUCUCUGUUACAAAUGCAUUCCGAGCAGUUAAAUUGGAAAAAAGUCCUCCAGUAAAAGGGUUAUUAUCUGGAAGAGUAACGCUGCCAUGUUUUUUCUCAACAAUACCUACAUUGCCUCCAAGCUACAAUAUCACAAAUGAAUUUUUGAGAAUAAAAUGGACAAAAAUUGAACAAAGUCGAGAUGGAAAGGACCCAAAGGAAACAACUGUUUUAGUUGCCCAAAGUGGAGGAAUCAAGAUUGGCCAAAACUACAGAGGCAGAGUGUCCGUACCUAGCCAUCCUGAAGAUAUCGGUGAUGCCUCUUUAACCAUGGUGAAGCUACGUGCCAGUGAUGCAGGUGUCUACCGCUGUGAGGUCUUGUUUGGAAUUGAAGACACUCAAGAUACUGUUUCAUUGGAUGUAUCUGGGGUUGUAUUUCACUACCGUGCACCAACCAACAAGUACACUUUAGAUUUUGAGGGUGCUCAGAAAGCCUGUUUGGACAAUGGUGCCACAAUUGCCACUCCUGGCCAGCUGAGAGCUGCUUAUGAAGAUGGAUUUGAGCAGUGUGAUGCGGGUUGGCUGGCAGAUCAAUCCGUUAGAUACCCAAUUCGCAACCCAAGAGCAGGCUGCUUUGGAGAUAAGAUGGUUAAAGAAGGAAUACGGACCUACGGACGGCGCCCUGCUGAAGAGAAAUACGAUGUCUAUUGUUUUGUCGAUGACCUAGAUGGUGACUUGUUUCAUGCGCAUGUUCCAAAAAAGCUAACAUUCGAAGAAGCUAAAGCAGAAUGUCAGAAGAGGAGUGCCGCUCUUGCCACAGUUGGUGACCUCUAUGCAGCAUGGAGAAGAGGAUUUGACCAAUGUGACUAUGGUUGGCUUGCUGAUGGCAGUGUCCGCUAUCCAGUGUCUCUGGCUAGACCUCAGUGUGGAGGAGGAUUGCUUGGCGUCAGGACUAAGUACCGCUUCAGUAACCAGACUUUCUUCCCAGAACCACACAACAAAUUUGAUGCGUACUGCAUUCAAGCUCAAGACCCAUGCAAAGUGAAUCCCUGCCAACAGGGUGGGACGUGUUACUCUCGGGGUGGCUCGUCUUUUGUAUGCACAUGUAUGCCUGGCUACACUGGAGAGCUAUGUGAAAUUGACAUAGAUGAAUGCCAGGCAAAUCCUUGUAGAAAUGGAGCAGCAUGUGUGGAUGGCAUAAACAGCUUCAAAUGUAUCUGUCUCCCCAGCUACACUGGAUCACUUUGUGAGCAAGAUGCUGAAGUUUGUGAUUAUGGCUGGCACAAGUUCCAAGGGCAUUGCUACAAGUACUUUGCCCAUCGGCGGUCCUGGGAUGCUGCUGAGAGAGAAUGCCGGGUCCAGGGAGGACACCUGACAAGUAUCCUGUCACAAGACGAACAGACGUUUGUCAAUCGAUUGGGUCAUGAUUAUCAGUGGAUUGGACUUAAUGAUAAGAUGUUUGAACAAGAUUUCCGCUGGUCUGAUGGAAGUACACUGCAAUAUGAAAACUGGAGACCAAACCAGCCGGACAGUUUCUUUUCUGCUGGAGAAGACUGCGUAGUCAUUAUUUGGCACGAAAAUGGACAGUGGAAUGAUGUACCCUGCAAUUAUCACCUUACAUACACCUGCAAGAAAGGAACAGUUGCUUGUGGGCAGCCACCUGUGGUAGAAAAUGCAAAGACAUUUGGAAAAAUGAAACCCCGAUAUGAGAUAAAUUCCAUGAUCAGAUAUCACUGCAAAGAUGGCUUUGUUCAACGUCAUAUGCCAACUAUUCGAUGCAGAGGUGACGGACGGUGGGAUCUACCCAAGGUUACCUGUAUGCAACCUUCCUUAUACCAAAGGACUUAUUCCAAGAAAUAUUACUACAAAUUUUCUCCACCUGAGAUGAGGACUUCUCAAAAUUCUCCAAAGCAUUACCAUCGCUGGAGCAGGACCUGGCAGAACUAACCACGCUGAAUGUGCUCUCAUAGAACCACCAUCGGACACUUUAGCUGCCAAAGUCCUUAAUUACAGUGCCUUUGAUACAAGAUGUUGUUUGUCUGGUCUUGGACUUUUUUUUAGGGCAAUGGCAUGUAAAAAAAAAAAAAAAAAAUACAAAAAAAGCAACAAAAAAUGACAAAACAAUUUGAAGAACAAUUUGAACUAAAAUGUUGGUCGUUUUUAGGGAACUAAACUAGAUGUAGGCCUAAAUAAUAAUUUCCAGCCUAUUAGACAUUUUAGUUUGCAUAUGUCACCAAUGCAAAUCAUUCUAUUGUAUUAAUACAAGCUUACUUUAUUAUUUAAACUGCUAACCAGUAGCACCGAUGACAUUUGUAAAUAAGAUGAUUUAAAUAUGUUUUCUAAUCCUGUAUAUAAAAUGAAAUAGUCAAACUAAAGUCAGGCAUAUUUAAUAAUUGCUAGAUACCAGAAAUGUCAAACCAUUCGUUAAAACUGAUUUUAGUUUACUGAGGCGGGAAAUCAAACAAAACAAUUAGGAAAAGAGACAUUUUUCAAAGGUGCAUCAUAAAAAUAUGUGUGCCAAAUAUUUAAAUAGCGGUUUUAUUGUAGAACAUAAUAAUUGGGCGUUCAUUGAAAGUAAGCCUCUUUGUUGACUGCAAUGAAGGAAUAACUCUCCUGUUCAUCCAUGACCACUUAACAAAAAACUCACUAUUCUGAAGAAUGGAACAGUCAUUUUUUUUUUAUAGGAAACUUUUUGGUGCCAGAGAGUGUUUACUCCUUUGACGCCGAAAAAGUUAAAUUAUUAGCUCAUUAAUGGACUUAUUUGUAAUGGUUGUUGAUGCAAGCUCAGAUCUGACACAGAUGCACCUAUGUUUGCAUCAGAUUAUGUAAAAAAAAUACAUCAUUUUUUUGAUGUUAAGGUUUAAAUGAAGUCAUGACUGCUGCUUGAAUAGAUGCAACAAAAAUUCAUAAAACUGAGUCGGCUUUGAUUUUGUGUCAAGUUAUUUGCACCUGAUAAGAUCGCAAUUUUUUUUUUUAACUAAUUGGGGACCUUUGAGUGUCUUUGAAAACACUAACUGUUGUAUCUUACAGGUGCAUUUUAAAGUUUUUUGUAAAACUAAAAGUAAUAAAAAAAAAAAAAGCGGUAAAUAAUUUUGUACAUAUAAUCAUUUUUAGGUCUUUUUUUAAUAAAAUAUUGAAUGUUUAUUGAUAAAUGCGGCAGCUGUGAAGCAUACUCAAAUAAAUUUAAAAAGCCAUACUGAUUUAACUUAUUGGAUGUAUAGUUGCCACGCAUUGGGUAUCAACAUAUCAGCUCUUGUUUAUGACAAGGUGGUGUAUAGUGUCUAUUUCAGAAGUGCAACAAAAAGGCCACGAAAUCUAAAAGUAAUAAUAGUAGAUAUUUCCCCCCCAUAGCUUUCAGACAAGCACAAACUGAAAAAAAAGAAGUGGAAAUAUGAUCAUUUCCACUUAGGCCUCUUCUAAACAUUUUGCUUCUACCUCGUGUACUAGGGCUUAAAACUGAAAUUCAAAGUCCACCUGAAUGAGCUAGAUUUACCUUUGCUCUCAAAUUCUGGCAAAUGUAUAAGCACCUUUUUAUCCACUGAUUUCCUCUUCUUGUUUUUAUUUGAACCAAAAAUUAGAUUAAUGACAAAAGUUCCAUAAGCCAAGCACACUUAUUUUUCCUUACAAACUCUUCCCCAAAUGAAAGAAACCCCAAAAGAAGGUAUCCUAUGAAUAACAUGUUUAUGUAAACUAAAAAAAAAAGAAAUAUAUUUAAUGUAUUAUUUUCACAUUAUCAGAGCUCCGGUUACCUUCGACAAACAGAAACAUGUAUUUAUUGCAAGUAGCCUACUGAAAUAAAUCAUUUCUAGCCAUUCCAUAAAGUCAAACAGUUAUGGCUUCUAAACAAUCCGUCCUAAUCGUGUGAUUGAUGCAUUCCGUUAGCUGCUGCACCUUGUGGAAUCCUCUUUUGUACUUGACAGCAAUGCACCACAGUGUUGACCUGUAUGCUUUUUCCACUAUUACAGUGCACAUAAUACUUUUUUUCUGUAUUUAUAUUAUAACUUGUAUAGUAUAUAAUGUGAACCUUUGGGUAUUUGUGAAUGAAAGCCUAAACCUUUGUAACUUUUUAUAUCUGCUUCCGUUUCACCAAAGAAACUUUGUUUUGUUUGCUAGUCAA